GAGGGAGGAAAGAAGGAAGGAAGGAGGAAAGAAGGAAUAGUCAAAACAGAUUGGGUCAAUCUGACCCGGAAGGACGACAGGAGGGUUAAAGAGCUAAUCGCUCUGUCCAACGAGGAUUUUAUUGUGACAUUCUUUACUUUGAAAAGCGGAAGUGGUCGGUUGCUGGGUGACGGUUUGACGGUUCGUCCCUCCGCUGCUUCACCUGUUUACAGACUGAAGAGAGAGAAAUGGCUUAAAACAAGCCGGAUUUAUUCACUUUGACUCACCAACAUGAAGCUGCGGGUUCGGAUCAACCGGCAGACGAGCCGGCUGGAGGUCCCGGGAGAGGACCCGGGUCUGACGGAGCUGCAGGACCUGAUCAGGGACUCACUGCUGCCGGAUCACGGACUCAGUGCAGACACUCAGUUCAGUUUGUCUCUGAACGGCUCUGAGCUUCUGUCUGACUCGGGUCAGACUCUGUCGUCCUGCGGCAUCGUCUCCGGAGAUCUGCUCUGCGUCGUCCUGCCCCAGUCUGCAGCCGCCACCGCCACCAACGCCGCCAACGCCGCCAACACCGCCAACACCACCAGCUCCUCCAGCUCCUCCAGCUCCUCCAGUUCCUCCAGCAGGACCUCCAGAGGCUCAGAGAACCAACAGAACCAACAGACCGGCAGCAUGACAUCCAACCAGCCGAGCCGCAGCAGCAGCGGGCCGGCGGCGUGCAGCGGGCCGGAGGUGGCGGCGUGCAGCGAGGAGGCGGCGUGCAUCGACGAGGAGGCGGCGGCGGCGGCGGCGGCGGCGCCUCACUGGGAGCCGAUGCUGUGCAGCGAGGCGCAGCGCGGCCAGGCUCCUCUCUCUCUGGAGAUCCUCCAUCACUCAGCUCAACCCAACGCUGCCCCCGACGCCAUCAUGGUGGCCGGACACCUGAUGAUGCUGGAGACGGGCUUCGUCCCUCAGGGCGUGCUGUGCCCCGGGUCGAUGCCUGCAGGUUGGCGUUCCUCGUCUGGAGUCUUCAGGUUUUCUUACUCUCAUCCUCUGUGUGAAGGCAGCGUUGCUCUGGUUGUAGCCGUCUCCAUGGGAACAACACUCGUCAUCAACGCGACUCUGAAGGUGAACGACGUCUCCGACGCCGUGAGGAAGAUCUGUGUGACGCCGCAGAGCUUCGUCACCGACCGCUGCUCAGAAAGUGCCGCUGCAGCGUUCAGAGAUCUGAACAAACUGUCUCGACUGUUCAAAGACCAGCUGGCGUAUCCGCUGAUCGCCGCCGCCAGAGAAGCGAUGGCGCUGCCGGUGGCGUUCGGCCUCGCCGCUCUUCCUCCCGAGCUGCUGCUUCGAGUCGUUCGUCUGCUCGACGUUCGCUCCGUCGUUCGUCUGUCGUCCGUCUGUCGACGCUUCAACACGUCGAUCAACGACUCGACGAUCUGGAGAAACCUGACGAGACGAGACUUCAACGAUCGAGAUCUCAGCAGGUCCAGAGACACCGACUGGAGAGAGCUCUACCGGAGGUUUUAUCAGCUGCGUUCUGAGCGUCUGCAGAGUUUCCGGCGCCGCUCGCUGCCGGUCCCCGUCCCGCCGCUGCCGCGCCCCUUCGGCCCCGUCGGCCCCGUCGGCCCCGGGGCCCCGCUGGUCCCCGGCAUCAUCGGGGGCGAGUACGACCAGCGACCGGCGCUGCACCACGUCUUCCCCCGGCCUCGCCACGACCCCCUCGGACCCCUCGGACCCCACGGACCCCUCGGAUCCUUCGGCCCCGACGGGAGGCCGGCGAGGAGCCGCUGGGCGGGAGGACGCCCUGCAGACGUCCGGCGAGGAUUCAUCUGAGACGACAAUAACAACAACUUCUUCUUCUUCUUCUGCAACAAUAAAACAACAACAACAAGAACAACAGGUCCAAACAACCAUCUAAAACGAUUAAAAACAGUAAAAUAACAUCAAGUUGAACACUUUUAUUAUAAUUUUGGCUCAUAAAAAGUCUCAUUUCAUCUCAUUAUUUCCAAAUAAAAACGAUUUUUCUGAUGAUUGUUUCUGCAGGACGGAGGAAAAAUUUUUUUUUUAAUGAUUUUCUGCUUUAAACUGGAAUAAUCUGCAAAACAGAAUUUAGACUUUUGUUUUAUUUAUUUUUUUAUUUAAUUUUGUUUUGUUUUAUUGUUUAUGUUAUUUAAUUACAUUUUUUAUUUAAAUUUAUUUUAUUUUAUUUUUUACAUUAUUUUAUUUUUUAUUUCAUUUAUUUUAAUUUUUUUUUUUUUAUAUAUUUUUUUUUCAUUUCGUUUUAUUUUAUUUUCAUAUUUCAUUUUAUUUUUAAUUUCAUUUGUUUCUUUAUUUUUGUUUCAUUUUGUUUUAUUUCUUUUUUGUAUUUUUUAUUUUAUUUUAUUUUAUUUAUUGUUUUUUUUUUAAAUUAUAUUUUAUUUCAUAAACACAGGUCCAAAAAAACGAUCUACACGUCAUUAAAAACAGAAAAAAUGACAUGAAAUUGAACAUUUUUAUUUUAAUUUUGGCUCAAAAAAAGUCUCAUUAUUUCCAAAUAAAACCUCCUGAUUGUUUCUGCAGGACGGAGAAAGACGUUUCUUUUUUUUUGCUUUAAACUGGAAUAAUCUGCAAUAUUUUGUAACUUUUCUAGUCAAAGAUUUCUUUCUUAAAUUUCUCUUCUGUUUGUUUUCUGUUUUUUGUGUUUCGCCGAAGACACAAAAACUGCUUCAAUAAAAGAUAAAAUUAUUCUAUUAA